UGAACCCCAAAUUCGUGGGUUCCCUCAAUCUCUUCUCUCUCUCUUCCUCUCUCAAUUUAAUCCAGUUUUUUAAAUCCCAAAAAAUUAAAAAUUAAAAAUUAAAAAAUUCCGAGGACUUUCUUCAAUUGUCCGCCAAAAUCCCCAAUCUCUCCCCUUUCCAUUUAUAAUCCCUCUCCAAGAUCCUCAGAUCUAGAGCUCUCCUUCUCUCUAGGGUUUGGUUCUCGAUCAUUUCCCCCCAAAAUUUGAUGUUAUGGGAGUCGAUUACUACAACAUCUUGAAGGUAAACCGAAACGCGACCGAUGACGAUCUCAAGAAGUCGUACCGGCGAUUGGCGAUGAGAUGGCAUCCCGACAAGAAUCCGAGCAGUAAAACGGAGGCUGAGGCCAAGUUCAAGCAGAUCUCUGAAGCCUACGAUGUCUUAAGUGACCCACAAAAGAGAGCAAUAUAUGAUCAGUAUGGGGAGGAGGGUCUAAAGGGCAUGCCGCCUCCUGGGUCUCAGAGUGCGACCUCGUACGCUAAUAGCUCAAGGGGCCCUAGUAAUUUCCAAUUCAAUCCUCGGGAUGCAGAGGACAUCUUUGCCGAGUUCUUUGGUAGCAGUCCUUUUGGGUUUGAGUCGAUGGGUCGUGCCAAGUCCAUGAGGUUUCAAACAGAUGGUGGUGGGACUUUCGGUGGGUUUCGUGGUGCUGAUGGUGCACAUAGAACACAUACUGAUGGAGCUAGCUCUACAAGUGGAGUUCAGCUACGGAAGGCACCGCCAGUGGAGAGCAAGCUGCCGUGCAGUCUUGAAGAUCUCUACACCGGUUCAACGAAAAAAAUGAAGAUAUCAAGGAAUGUCAUUCGUCCUAAUGGGAGAUUAGCUCAAGAAACAGAGAUCCUAACAAUAGACAUAAAGCCUGGUUGGAAGAAAGGAACAAAAAUCACAUUUCCAGACAAGGGGAAUGAGUCAGCGAACCAACUUCCAGCAGACCUAGUCUUUGUGAUUGAUGAGAAACCCCACGAGGUCUACAAGAGAGAUGGCAACGAUCUCAUUCUCCAUUACAAGAUCCCUCUUGUGGAUGCCCUUGCAGGAACCACAAUAACCCUCAAAACCCUAGAUGGCCGUGAUCUUUCCGUAUCAUUGCCUGACGUGGUUACUCCUGGGUAUGAGCUUGUCGUUGCCAGAGAAGGAAUGCCAAUUGCUAGAGAGAGGGGUAAAAAGGGGAAUUUGAGGAUCAAGUUUGAACUCUUGUUCCCUUCGAGGCUUUCUCCCGACCAAAGGAUUAGCAUCAGAAGAAUUCUUGGAGGAUGAACAUGAUCUAUGUUCUUUCUAGUUUCAAACUAUUUUUGAAUGCGGAGUGUAAAAUGGCAGUUUGAUUAGGGUUUUUUACCUUGUAAAAAUAAGAAAAAGAUAUGGCAGAGCUGGGUUAGGGCUUCUAUUUUUUUCUAAGGAGGUGAAGCUUGGGGGGUUAAUGGGAAAACCUGAAGCUAUGUUUUGAGUCCGGUAGGAUGCUUACUUCUUGAGUUUUUGCUGUAGAAAGUGUUUGUGAAGUUAAUCUUUUGUUGAUUUAUCCGUCAAUCUGUACAUUUUUCAGGCUGGCCUGGUUUAUUAACAUUAUUUUAGAAAUUGUGUAGCUUUGAUUAGUCUGUGUAUGUUAUAUUAUGAUUAUGGUGUAUGUUGUAUUUUGGGAAGAGGAUUCUGAAAA